ACAAAAUGAAGCCAGGAGGCUUCUGGCCACAUCUUGCCCUACUAGGGGUCUCCCUGCCGGCUGUGCUGGGAUGGAUGGACCAUGGAGCCAGCAGAAGCCCGAAUGUGGUUCUGCAAGAGUCCAAGGCAGAGGAAACCAGAGGCUUUGAAGUCACAAGAAGAGAAGGUCUUCCCAGCCCUGGGCUGUCAGCCUCGUGUGGGAAGAAACUCUGCAGCCACGGGAGCAGGUGCUUGUUUGAUAGGGCUACAGGGCAGCCCUCGUGCCACUGUGUGGAGGUGUGCAGACCCCGUUACAUGCCUGUGUGUGGCUCCGAUGGGAGGCUCUAUGGGAACCACUGUGAGCUUCGCCGUGCAGCCUGCCUGCUGGGCACGCGGAUUGUCAGCGUACACAGCAAGGACUGCUUCCUCAAAGGUGACAUGUGUACCAUGGCUGGCUAUGCUCGUCUCAAAAAUGUCCUUCUGGCACUCCAGAGCCAAAGACAGCCAUUCCAACAAGGAACCAACAGGCAGAACCUCGCCUCCCAGAAACGCCUCUUGGUGGAGUCACUGUUUAAGGACUUGGACAGGGAUGGCAAUGGCCACCUCAGCAGCUUGGAACUGGCUCAGUAUGUGCUAAAGGAGCAGGACCUGGACGGUUCCCUGAAGGGAUGUUCACCAGGCGAUCUCCUGCGAUUUGAUGACUAUAAUAGCGACGGCUCCUUGACUCUUGGAGAGUUCUACACAGCCUUCCAGGUGAUACAGCUGAGCCUUGCCCCUGAGGACAAGGUCAGUGUGACCACAGUGACUGUGGGGCUGAGCACAGUGCUGACCUGCGCUAUUCGUGGAGACCUGAGGCCACCAGUCAUCUGGAAGCGCAAUGGGCUCACUCUGAGCUUCCUGGGCCUGGAAGACAUCAAUGACUUCGGAGAGGACGAUUCCCUAUACAUCACCAAGGUGACCACAAUCCACAUGGGCAACUACACCUGCAUCUCCAUGGGCCAUGAGCAGCUGUUCCAGACCCACGUCCUGCAGGUGAAUGUGCCACCAGUCAUCCGUGUCUAUCCAGAGACCCAGGCACAAGAGCCUGGAGUAGCAGCCAGCCUGCGAUGCCAUGCUGAGGGCAUUCCCAUGCCCAGAAUCAUUUGGCUGAAAAAUGGCAUGGAUGUCUCAGCCCAGAUGUCCAAACAGCUCUCCCUCUUGGCCAAUGGAAGUGAACUCCACAUUGGCAGCGUACGCUAUGAAGACACAGGGGCAUAUACGUGCAUUGCCAAGAAUGAAGUGGGCGUGGAUGAAGAUAUCUCCUCCCUCUUCAUUGAGGACUCGGCUAGGAAGACCUGCCUCAGCGUGGGAAACGUGUUCUAUGUCUUCUCUGACGACGGCAUCAUUGUCAUCCACCCUGUGGACUGUGAGGUCCAGAGACACCUGAAGCCUACAGAGAAGAUCUUCAUGAGUUAUGAAGAAAUCUGUCCUCAUGGGGAAGGAGAUGCCACCCAGCCUUGCCAGUGGGCAUCCGCAGUCAAUGUCAGGAACCGGUACAUCUACGUGGCCCAGCCAGCACUGAACAGAGUCCUCGUGGUCGAUGUUCAAGCCCAAAAAGUCUUACAGUCCAUAGGUGUGGACCCUCUGCCAGCUAAGCUGUCCUAUGACAAGUCCCAUGACCAAGUGUGGGUCCUGAGCUGGGGGGACAUGCACAAGUCCCAACCAAGCCUGCAGGUUGACAAGAAGCAGACUGCCAGGUUUGGCUUCAUCUUCAACAAGUCUGACUCUGCUGUCCACAAAGUUGACCUGGAGACUCUGCUGCCCCUCAAGACUAUCAGCCUGAAGCACCAUGGCUGCAUGCCUCAAGCCAUGGCGCAUACCCACCUGGGUGGCUACUUCUUUGUGCAAUGCCAACAGGACACUCCUACCUCCACAGGCCCACAGCUGCUCAUCGACAGUGUCACAGACUCAGUGCUGGGCCCUAACACUGACAUCACAGGCACCCCCCACGUGUCCUCUGAUGGACGCUUCAUCGUCAGUGUCUCCAACAAGGGCCCCUGGAUGCACGUGCAGGAGGUCACAGUACGGGGGGAAAUCCAGACCCUAUAUGACCUAAAAAUAAACCCAGGCAUCUCAGACUUGGCAUUUCAGCAUUCCUUCACUGAAGGCAAUCAGUACAACGUCUAUGCCACUCUCGACAAGGAGCCAGACCUGCUGUUCCUCGAGCUGUCUACCGGGAAAAUGGGCAGGCUGAAGAACUUAAAGGAGCCACCCACUGGGCCAGCCCCACCCUGGGGCGGACCCCGCAGAAUCCUGAGGGACAGUGGGCUCUUUGGACAGUACCUCCUAACGCCAGCUCAAGAGUCGCUGUUCCUAAUCAACGGGAGACAAAACGCCCUGAGAUGCGAGGUGUCGGGCACAAAGGGUGUGGCCACAGUGGUGUGGGUCGGGGAGGUAUGAAACGGUCCUGUAUGGAACCUUGGGUCCAGGAGCACCACCUCAGUCCUGACACCACAGCCCCAACCAGGCGCACUGUACAUUUCACAGACAAAAAACCCUGUACUUCGCUUUGUGGUUCAACACUGAUCUCCUUGCAAGUUCCCUAGUAUAAGGUAUGCGCUUCAACCAAGAUGGGGGGGUUUCCAAUCAGAAGUAUGACUAAUGCCUUGAGCUGUAAUGAGAACACAUGCUGCUGUGUGCAAGGAAAUCAUCUCUGUUCCUGGUUGCACACCACGUCGCCUGGGGACACCACAGAACCGAGGGAUCCUGCUGCCCAGGCUGACACUUCCGUCGAUUGCCUUCACAUAGUCAUUACCCUAACCUGCCAGCCCCAGCCAGUGUCCUGAAGGAGUGGCCUGGGGCAACAGGAUUGAGCAGGGCUGUCCCUCUUAGUGGACUAGUCUUCUACCCCUGCUGGGGAUCUCACUUGCUCCAUCCUGGACGCUGCUUGCUUGCUUUUCCAGCUGAGUGCUAUGCCCCUGAGGGAGAGCCUCUGAAACUUACUACACCUUGGGAGAUGGGGAAAUCACUUGCUUUAUUUUGGAAUUUUUUGAUUAAAACUAAUUUUUUUAUAAUCUUAAAUUUGAGGACACAGAAAGAUGCUCUCCAAGGUCCGGUUAUAUUCUUCCCUGCCUUAGGCCAAGUCUCUGAGGGGAGAGGGUUCCCAACCGUACAUUUCAUGUGCAGAAAAAAUAGACAUCCAAGAAAUAGCGGCCCUCCACACCAUUGUGUUGGCCCAAGUGCAGCCCAUAACCACCAUGUUUAAGAAAACCCAUGCUGGGACCCCAAGAGACCAAGCUGAACCCCAUGUGCCUGCUUUUCACUGUAGAAAGGCAACACAUUAUUAGGGAAACCUAGUGUACCAGCAGAACUGCAGACCCAGGGCAGACCAGGCUCACCUGGGAAGGUGUAGUCAGCUUCUGGGCUGAGUGCCAAAAUCCAGAAGCCAUGAGUGCUAUCCAUCCAGAGUCCUAAGACUGUAUUUCUGUACGAGUGGUCAGCACUGAUGCCUCAGCCCUUGUCACCACACUGCAAGAGAGCCCUUUUCCCUAAGUGUUUUCAUGCCCACACUCCAAUCUACACUUUCCAAAGUGCAGAACCACAAAGGGCUGUGUCAGUCCCUCCUGUCUGCCCGUAGUAGGCUCUCAGGCCAUCAGGAAGAGGCACAACCCAGCCAGCCCAAGGGGACCACCCAUGUCAGAGAUCCCCACCCAGGUUUCCCAGAAUGUUCCUGUCCUCUCCCAUGUCCGUGACCAAAACUUAUUGGCUUUCUAGUUUGAAUGAUUAUUCUGCAAGCCCCACUGCAUUGAGACAGUGGGUCUACCCCAGACAUUUCAGCUAACUUAGCCACUUUUGCCUACCAACAAUGGCCAUGACUUUGAAAACAGACUGAACCUCACUCCCGCUUCCUGCAUGAGUGCUUGACCCCCAUUGCUCACUCCAGUUUCCUGCCAUUAGUCCGGUCUCUCCCACAUUUCCUCUCUCUUAGUCCACUAAACAACUGUCCUUUACAGUCCACAGCAGUUACUUCUAUGUGUGCUAUCAUGUUUCAGAUUUGGGUAAUAACAAGACACAUAGAGGUUUGAAGAUGCUGACCUUAGAGGCCUAAUAGCCAACUUCAUAACUGGGUUAGAUGGUGAUACUUCUUGCCCCUUUUUAUCUGCCUCGGUCUGCGAUUCUGGAGUCCCAUAUGUAUUCACUAAUAUCUUCUAAUGUUCACAACAUUUCUCCUUUUGGAACAAUAUUGUCUGCCUCAGGCAGAAAAAUCCCUGAGCCUCAAAGAGGCAGAGUAGCGUCUCCCCAAGGCCCAUCAAAGCCAGGGUACCUACCCUCUUUGGAUGAAGUAUUCCAAAAUCAAAGGCCAAUCCAGUCCACCAAACUGGAAGAAAACAGGAGUGCUAUUUAGCCACUGUCCCCCAUCUCUGCACAUUCCUGGAAGGCACCCCCAGAUUUCAUUUUGUUCUGGUCAAGUUAGUGGAGACAACCAGCACAUGUCCAAGGACCUGAAUGCAAGAUAUAGUUGAAGCAAAAACUCAGAAACCUGAAGCCUUGUCCAGAUGUCAAGAGUCUCAAAAGCAGAAUGGCUUACAGGCAGUGACAUCACAGUGAAGGCAGAAGAUCACAGGAAAAUCUUGCCUGGCUUCCCCCUCUUUGCUUUGGGGCCAGAAGAUCCUCAUGAGUCAAGUUUAAAACCCACUGGCAGAAGAUGGCCAGCCACACAAUGAGCAGGGUCUCCUGCAACAAGCCCAGCCCUCUGAACAACAAUGGGGUUGUUCUGAAGAACACAAAGAUUGACAGCUAACUGUUUACCCAGAAAGGAUUGGUUUAACCAAGAAAAUCACCAGGAAAGCUAUUUACAUAACCCCAUCCAUAGUUCUUAACAUUGAACUGAUGACACAAACAUUCAAUUGUUCUUUCCCUUCCAGAAAACAAAUACAAAUUCUGUGCAAGUAAAGCUACCAGUUCUCCUUCUGCCCCAAAGUCCUCACUCUUAACAUCCUACCCAGCCACUCCAGAUGCAUAGAUAUGGUAAAGAAUCUCUUCAGUCCCCAAGCCACGCAAAUAUCCUACUGCCUUUCUGAAUCGCAGGAGGUGGCUAGAAAAGGCCUAAAGUCAUGGCUGGGAUCAAAUGCUAAUGCUAAACUACACAUUCUCUCAUGUAGAAAGUGAGCAUCACCAAGAAAGGGGUCCAGUCCCUCUGCUCUGUACCCCCCAAAUGAGUUAGCUCCCCCUCCACCUGCUCUCUGUUCAGGAAAGGGUUCCCAACAAAAGGGAAACACCGGGGUGGGGGGGCUGCUUGCUACCCCAAACAGAGCCAAGAGCAGCAACUUGCUGCCACAGUGCAUGGGAACGUCUGAGACUUCGUCCAGCAAAGCAGGAGUUGGUUUUGUACAGCUGCAUCUGCUUGUUCGUCUGAUGACCAAUAACCUGUGAACUAAGGGAGAUCUCAGAACUGAGAUGUGAAACAGAUUCACUCUGGAUAUAUUUUUGUACCAUGGGCUAAAGUGUGGUUGCUUCAUUUUUUCAUGUGUUUCAUUCAAAUACCACUAAUAAUGAACUAUCUUCCCUAACAAGCACCACAACUCUCUCUCCAACCCUCCCCGCUCCAGAAGCAAGCCUCCUGGGGAACUGCUGCCAUUCCCCUCCCUCCUGCACACCCACCAAUCUACCUCACAUCUUCCUCCUGGGCACCCAGCACCCCCAGAAUGCCACCCCAGGAGGCCAGAGAUGAUGGAAGACUACUAUAG